UCGAAGGUCCAAAUCAUGAAAACUGAACCAUAAAAAAUUACCUCAAAUUCUGACAACAAAGCCUCGCAUAUGGAUAAGACGAAGGCAAACAACACGCGCAGGUUUCCGAGAUCCAGAAACUAGAGCCACAAUUAUCUUCCAGAGAUGGUGAUCAUUCCGGAGGUGGCCCUGAGCUCUGGUUACCGUCCCAUUCCCCUGGUGGGCAUGGGCACCGGCGCCUUGUCUCUGGUGCCCGAGGACUUGAAGCUCGCCGUCCUCCAUGCCAUCGAGCUCGGCUACCGCCACUUUGACACGGCUGCCAUCUACCAAUCCGAGCAGCCGCUCGGAGAAGCCAUUGCCGAAGCCUUGCGACGUGGACUCGUCAACUCUCGGAGCGAGCUCUUCGUCACAUCCAAGCUGUGGUGCAGCGAAGCACACCCAGACCUCGUCCUCCCCUCCCUUCAGAGGACCCUCCGUAACCUCCAAUUGGAUUACCUUGAUCUCUAUCUCAUCCAUUGGCCUAUAUGCUUAAAGCCUGGAGCAUAUAAUAUCCCUAUAAACGAGGAAGACAUUCUUCCCUUAGACUUGAAGUCUGUAUGGAAAGCCAUGGAGAAGUGCCAAAAGCUCGGUUUGGUAAAGUCAAUUGGGGUUAGCAAUUUCUCAGGAAAGAAAUUAGAAGAAUUGCUUGAGUUUGCUGAAAUAUCUCCAGCUGUGAACCAGGUGGAGAUGAAUCCAAUUUGGCAACAGAAGAAUUUGAGGAAAUUCUGCAAGGACAAGGGUAUUCAUGUGACUGCCUACUCUCCUAUAGGAGGCGAAUCUUUCCCAGGAAGCAGGAACCUUGCGAUGGAGUCAGAGGUGCUCAAAGAGAUAGCAAAGGCUAGGGGAAAGACUGUGGCUCAGGUUUCCCUAAGAUGGGGAUACGAGCAAGGAGGAAGCAUGAUAGUAAAAAGUUUCAACAAGGAAAGGCUCAAGGAAAAUAUCAAAAUUUUUGAUUGGGAACUAAGCGAUGAAGAACGUCAAAAAAUUAGUCAAAUUCCACAAAGUAAGAAAUAUCCCGUGCUGUCUAUCCUCUCCCAUGGAGGGUCUAUCAGAUCUCCUGACCUUUCAGAUUUUGAGUGAUAAACUCAGGUUGAGCAUAUGAAUAAAAAGGUUCCUCUUUCGUGGUUAUUGAUCCAAGAAGCUAUGUAGACAAAAGGAGGCAAGCUAGAAACAGCAAAUCAUAAAUCCAUGGAUUACCAACAGAAGUUGCCCAUAGUCAAAAGCUCUUAGAAUGUUUCACAAACUCAAGCACAAAUGUAAUGUGUUAGUACGCUUUGAAUGUUUAGAGAAUAAUGCUGUAUGAGCAUGCCCUUAAUUUGUAUUUUUAUAAGUUCACUAGCGCAUAUAGUUCAAUAAUUUUCUCUGAGUGUCAAAUAUCAUUAAUCAGAAGCCUUGAAAUGAUAAAAUGAUAUGAGUAUUUGUUUAUUGGAAAAGCAA